UUCAUCUUUUCUUUUCUCUAACCGCUCAUAACCAAUAUUUUUGUCUCUUGUUUUUUCUCCAAACAGCUAUUCCAUAUUCUUCAUUUUUUAUAUCCUUAUAUUGGCUGUUUACUGCAAAAGAAUACAUUUGCAUAUUACGCGGCUAUACUUUGCAAUAUGAGGCCAUUCUGCAAGCUUCAAAUCCUGGUCAUGUCGGCCUGGGCCCUUGCCUCGGUUACUACUGCUGCAGAUCAGAUAUACUCUCCGCCUCGAGCGGCGGUUGAGGACACGCGCUCGCCACAGAAGGUGUGCGAACACCCGAUCUACUGCGAUGGGCCAAUCUUGAGGGCCAUUCAGCUUGGCAGCGUCUUUGACUCGGACAAGACAUUUAUCGACAUGCCCACCCGCAAGCCAGUCAGCGAUAUUGUUCACGCAUUUGGCAAACUCCCACUCAACGCGACACGGGGGCAGCUGGCAGCAUUUGUACACGACAACUUUUAUCCUGCCGGCAGCGACGUUGUUGAAGUCGAGCUGGAAGACUGGAACGACGAUCCGCCGUUCUUAAAGGGAAUUGUCGACCCCGUGCUCCGCGGCUACGGCCUGUCACUUCACAACCAGUGGAAAACUUUGGGCCGCAAGCGCGAUACUUCGUUUUUGUGUGCUGGAUGCGAAUCGUCUCUGUUGCCGGUGAACCACACUUUCAUUGCGUCGGGGAGCAAGACAACGCGCGAGUUCCACUACUGGAACACGUACUACGUCGAGCUCGGGCUGUUGCAGUCGGGCCUCUACAAGACUGCGCGAGGUGUACUGCAGAACCUGUUGGACACAAUAGCCCUGUAUGGCUUUGUGCCUUCGGGAGGUCGGAUUUACUACACCGAUAGAACUGAGCCGCCCCUGCUUGCGCUAAUGGUCAAAACGUACUUUGAGGCCACACAGGACCUUGACUUUGUCACUGCCGCGCUGCCGCUGCUCAAAAGGGAGCUUGCUUACUGGGACAAAUACCGCAGUGUCAACGUCACAUACACGCGCAACAUUACCGACGCCUCCUUGGGCAAGCGCGAUCAUAUCGAGGUAGUCACGUCCAAAACUACCACCUUUGGGCCCAACUUGUUCUCAACGGCAAUCUUUAACAGGUAUGCAUAUUUGCGCCCCGAGACAUACAGCAGUGACUAUACAAUUGCCAAGACCUCGUUCUCCGGCCCAUCUCUGUUCUCUACAGCGCUGUCGUACGGCAGUCUGUAUGCAGCGACCGAGUCGGGCACGUUCCCCAGUAUUCAGUAUGCCAACCGCUAUACUGCAACCAUCGGGCCCUCGCUUUUCUCAACUGCGCUGAACCGCCGGCAGCUGAACCUCCCCAAGGAUAAUCCAUUUGCUGCGUUUACAAAGGACCAGCUGUGCGUGCUUGGAUCGGUCAACAUCAACAGCACCAUCCCCGUCAAUCUCAACUCCAUCCUGUACCAGGCCGAGAUUAUUGUCGCCAACCUCACGUCCAUAGUCAACAGGUACGAGGUUGACGGAGAGAGUGAUAUGUACCGUAAGCGCGCUGAGGAGCGCCUUAAGACCAUGCUCGACUUGACCUACAACCCGGAUACGGGCCUGUUUGCAGACUACAACUUGGGCUUGGGCCAGCAGUCGGACGUGUGGUCGGUAAACUCGCUCUGGCCAUCUUGGGCGAUUGGAAACGCGCUACCCGCAAAUCACAAGCAAAGAGCGCUCGAGAACAUUGCGCAGCUGCAUGACAAGUUCCCUGGCGGCCUGCCUAACACUUACUACAACACAUCGCUCGGCUGGGAUUAUCCGAACAUCAAGCCUCCUUUGCAGCACAUGGCCAUCAGGAGCGCUGACGCUGCCGAGAAGAGCUUGAGCAAUGACAACAGCACUGUUUAUGCGCCUUACAAGGGCACUGCGGCCAAAAUUGCCCAGUCAACAAUUGAAACGGCGUUCUGCAACUGGUACACCACUGGAGGAUCCAUCCCUGGCGUGCUCAACUCAUAUGGUUCGAAUAGCAAGAGUUCUUCUGGAGUGAGUCUUGGGUCAUUUAUCAUUGGCCCAGACGGCAAUGCUGUUACUGCAACCAACGCUGAGUCGCAAGGCGACUUUACCUGGACCACUGGCAUCACAAUCUGGCUGCUGAACCAAUACAAGUCGCAACUUCGUAUUCCAAGCUGCCCCAACAUCAAGCUCAAUCUCGUGAACAAAGUGUGCAAGAAACGCACCCGCAGUGUGCGCCGCAGCCAUAGCCUGAAUCAGUGAGAAAAGGAUGCGGGCAACAAGCGGCAGAUAGUGUGUGGUUAACAAGGACAGGAAACAUUUCUUAUUUUAUUUUAAGUUAUUUUAAAUUAACUUUUUUCUCUGUGCCAUCUAUUCACAUAAACCGAGAUUGCCAGCGGCUGCAAAUAUGAAGGAUGCAGUCGCACAGUUUCAAUUGGCUGUUGCCGGCUAUUUCAAUUAUUAUUUUUGGGGGACCACAUUUGAAUACAUCUUGUUUUUUUAUAAUUUUAUUAAAUGGCUUCUCACAUCCAU